GGCGGGGCCAGCGUGACCCUUUCGGGGCCGCCGUCGGGUGAGGAGCCGGCCUUCGGGGUUCCCGGCGGGCGGCGCAGCGCGGCCCGUCGCCACUCCUCACGUGCGGGAUGCUGCUUUUGGCGUUGGGCGGCCCGUUGGCGGCCGGACGGCGGCUCUGCGGGCAGAAGGCGACGCCGUGGGCGGCCAUCGCGUUCCGAGGCCUCAGGGCGGCCGUCUCGCGGGGGCCCUCCGGCAGCUCCUCCGGGCCGGUCGGCGGCGGGAGCGCUGGGCGGUGGCCUUUCCGGCGUCCCGCGCCAGCGCAGAUACCCAUUUGUUGGGAAAGAUGUGUUCGAUGCUUAUACAAACAAGUUGAAAAAUCAGAAGACGGAAGACUGAUUUAUACUGGGAAUUUGGCCCGAACAGUAUUUGGUGUGAAAUGUUUCUCUUAUUCUACAAGUGUGAUCAGCCUUACAUUUCUACCAUACAUUUUUGCCCAAAAUAAUGUUGUAUUUGGAAGUCUGCCUUUGCAAAUCUUAUUUUAUGGCAUCAUAGGAAGCUUCACAGUGAUCACUCCAGUCCUGCUUCACUUAGUUACAAAAGGCUAUGUCAUUCGGUUGUACCAUGAGGCCACGACAGAUACUUACAAAGCCAUUACUUACAAUGUUUUGCUUUCAGAAACCAGUACUGUGUUUCAACAGAAUGACGUGAAGAUUCCAAGCAGCACACAUCUGUUUACCACAUUUUAUGCUAAAACAAAAUCACUGUUAGUUAAUCCAGGUCUCUUUCCAAACCCAAAAGACUAUGACCAUCUAAUGGGUUAUGACAAACCAUUCACUUUUGAUAUGGAAGAAACCAGUGAAAAGAAACAGCUUGAAGACAAGAAAUGAGUCUGUUGUUUUUAUGUUUGUGCUUAAAUGUGAUUUAUUUUCCUGUGAAUAAUAAUAAAAUUGCCUUUACUUUUGUUUUCUGUUA